AUGUCGCAUUCACGAAUACUACCAAAUUUCCAUGAGAAGUCUAUUGAAGCAGCUAAGCUAAUAAAGGCUAAUAAGGACAAGGCUAAGAAAGACCAUGGAAAAGAGCAUGGAAAAGAGCAUGGAAAAGAGCAUGGAAAACAGCAUGGAAAAGAGCAAGGAAAAGAGCAUGGAAAGGAGCAUGGAAAAGAGCAUGGAAAAGAGCAUCGAAAAGAGCAUGGAAAAGAGCAUAGAAAACAGCAUGAAAAAGAAGAAGAAAAAGAAAUAAUAAACGGACAUAAAUUUAAGGCUACGAGACGUCCUGCACUUAAAUGCAUGAAUUUAUCAUGCAGGACUGUUGAAGAAGAAGAAAGAACUCCACAAAACAUUAAUGUAAUUGAGAAAAAUGGAGAAAUUUCAAAAAGUAACAUAAUAAUACCAAUAGCUGUGCCUCGUACAAGUUUUGAGACAAUUGAGGAAGAGGAGACAAAAAAUCAAAAAGUAAUCAAAUUUAAGAAACACUGGGAUGCGUCGAAGUACAAGUCAAAAACAAAAACAUCUUCAAGAGAUGCUCAGACAAGCAAAUCGGGCGCAAGUUGGAACAACUCAACUAACGUUAAAGUUGUUGAUUGA